AUGGCAACAACGAAGCCUUCCCCAGUAGCCCCGUUCCAGACCACUUGGUGGCAAUGGAUCGAAUACUACUACUUGCUCAUGCUCCACGGCGGAUUCCCCUUUUUCUGGUGGAUCCGUCCCCAUUGGAAACCGUCGCAGAUGGGCGAUAAACGUGGUACUGUCGUCUUCAUUACUGGCGGCAACUCUGGAACCGGCUACGAGACUGCUCGCGAAUACUAUCUGCACGGCGCCACCGUAUAUAUCGGUUGCCGUUCGGACCAGCGUGCCACGGACGCGAUUGCUAGAAUCAAGAAGGGUGGCAGGUGCAACAUGUACGGCGAGUUCGAGUACGAGACCCCCAACGCUGCCAAGGUGGGGACCAUCGAGUACAUCAACAUGGACCUCUCCGACCUGGACAGCGUUGAACGCUGUGCAAACGAGCUCAAGGGCAAAGUGCAACGUCUCGAUAUGUUGUUUGCCAAUGCGGGUAUUAUGGCUACGGACCCAGGACAGUUCACAAAGCAGGGGUACCCUCUCCAGUUUGGCACCAACACUCUUGGCCACCAGCGACUGAUAUCUCUUCUGCUCCCCCUCCUGAAGCAGACCUCGCGAGAGACCCCUGACAGCCCCGCUCGCCUCAUCUCACUUUCCUCUGUUGGACACGUCUUUGCGCCUCGUGGCGGCAUCAACUAUGAGGCCAUUGAGUCCCGCACCGAACUCGACAAGUGGGCCGCCUACGGCGAGUCCAAGUGGGGCGACAUUGCGCUUGCCAACUUUGUCAAUACACACCAUGGUCCCGGAUCGCCCAACGCAAUCGAUGGCGAGAUUAUCACUUUCUCAGUCCACCCUGGUGUCGUUGCCACCAACCUCUCGAGGCACCUUGGCGGCGUCGAAGCCAUGUAUAAGCUCACGUGGCUGACCCCACUGUACCAGCUCCAGCCGUACGACGGCGCGCUGAACCAGAUCUGGUGCGGUGAAGUGUCUGUCGCCGAGGCUCGCCGGAUGAGCGGAUCUUUCAUUUCGUGCUUCCAAACCCAGUGUCCGGCCCGUCCCGACCUCAAGAACAAGGUUGCUGUGGACCGGAUGUGGGAGUGGUGCGACGCUCAGGCCCGCAAGACCGAGUAA